ACUACUGCACAGUCCACACUAUGGCCAAGAUACUCGUAUGCAGGACAGCUUAGCUAGAAACAUGUCUCAGAGUUACAUUACCAAUUUUCCCAAUGUACAGGAUGGUCUCAUUUGAGAGUGUGAACAAUGUGAGCCUUUUGGUGAAUGAGUGAAGAAUCAGUUCAAGAGCAGAAGAAAUCCAGCAUCGCUUCCUGGGACAAAGAGGAAAUGUCACUCUAACAAAGGUUUUUGACAGGAUUGCUUGGAUUUGAUGUUCUUGUCUUGUCCCUUCCUCACUUCUGUACUGUGAGCCUGUGGAUCACUUGGAAUAAUUUUUCGUGUCACUUUAAAGGUAAACGAGCUAGAGACGGGAAAGUGCUGAGGAAGUGGCGCUAUGCUGGAUAUUUUUGGUCCCUAUUCAUCAACAGGAAGACGAGCUUCAGAUCUGCCCUCUCAGCUACUUUCUCCCCCUGUGUUGUCCUUUUCUCUGUCCCUCAGCGUUGUGGUUUUCUCUGUCUUUUCAUCGAUGGUUCUGCUGAUGGCCAGUGGUGGAUUGCCUGGGCUCUAGUCUCAAGAUGUCUCAUCUGUGCAGGACUGCCUCUGAAAAAGCUGGCAAGGCGAGCUGUUUCCCAUCCAAAUCUCUUGAUGAAGAGGAGGCUUGUGUUGGGGUGAAGAUUGCUGAGGCACAAGAUCUUGGCAGUAGGUCUGCAGAUCGAGCCAGUCGCAAUGAGAAGCCACGUCAGGGAAGCAGAGCAAGCAACAGAAGCUCCUCAGGAGUAAAUGGAAAAGGUUCAAGACGCCAGCUUCCUCGGCAUAUCAAACCACAAGUGCCUCCUAAGCCAGCACACCUCCAGACUCCGGUGACCGAGCUGUGUAAGCCGCUGGGCAGGAGCUCACCCUUUAGCUCCAAAAUGGAGGAGGGAGGAGGAGGAGGAAAAGGCAGAGUGUCUGACCUCAUCAGCCGCUUUGAGGAAAACAGAAACACAGACAGGAGGGACGGCUCUCCUCAGAAACACUCAGGCAAACCUGCUAAGUGCAGUCCGGUACACAAGAGCUGCCAGAUAGCGACGGAUACUAAAGAACAGACUCAGGACGGCAGCACCAGUCAUGACCUCAUGCCCUCUACCAAUGGAGUGUUAGGUCAGAUGGACAGAAACGGUGAUGACAGCGGAGCUGUGAAACCAGACAGCGAAUCGCUGCUGAAUGGAGACAUGGUGGAGCAAAGUUUGGACGGGGAAGCAGACGCAUCUCAGGGUGUCAUCGAGAUGCCUGAGAAAGACGAUGAGAGCAGAAGAAGCGAGACCGAGAAUGAUGGCAGUACGGAUGAUGGGGGUAUGGAACACAAGGAGACCAACGAACAGAAGCUGUACAAAAUCGCAAAUGAGCUUCUGCAGACAGAGAAGGCCUACGUUGCAAGACUAAAUUUAUUACAGGUGUUUUAUGACACGCUGAUGGAGGAGGCAGGAAAAGGCACGUUCCCUUUGGAAGUGGUGAAGAACAUCUUCUCCAAUAUCUCCUCCAUCAAUACCUUCCACAGCCAGUUUCUGCUGCCAGACCUGGAGAAACGCAUGGGCGAAUGGGAGACGACGCCUCGAAUCGGGGACAUUCUGCAGAAGCUUACACCCUUUCUAAAGAUGUAUGCAGAAUACGUGAGGAACUUUGAUAAAGCCAUGGAGCUGUUGAAACAGUGGACAGACCGCUCGCCUCAGUUUAAGGCCAUUAUUCAAGACAUCCAAAAACAGGAAGUGUGUGGGAGUCUGACGCUGCAGCAUCACAUGCUGGAACCAGUACAGAGAGUACCAAGAUACGAGAUGCUACUCAAAGACUACCUGAAGAAGCUUCCUCAGGAUCACGUGGACCGGCGGGACGCUGAGAAGUCGUUAGAGAUUAUCGCCACAGCAGCCACACACUCGAACACUGCAAUUCGCAAAUCUGAGAAUCUAAAGAAACUGCUGGAGAUUUAUGAGAUGCUGGGGGAGGAAGAGGACAUUGUGAAUGCCUCCAAUGAGUUUAUAAAGGAGGGCCACAUUCUCAAACUGGCAGCCAGGAACACUUCAGCUAUGGACCGAUACCUCUUUCUGUUCAACCACAUGCUGCUCUACUGCGUUCCCAAGUUCAGCCUGGUGGGCCAAAAGUUUACGGUGCGCACACGAAUCGGCAUCGAUGGGAUGAAGGUGACCGAGACAUACAAUGAGGAUUACCCUCAUACGUUCCAGGUGUCUGGGAAGGAGCGUACCCUCGAGCUGCAGGCCAGCACCGAACAAGAUAAAGAGGACUGGAUAAAGGCAUUCCAAGCAACAAUAGAGAUCUUUCACCAAAAGAAUGAGACAUUUAAAAUGGCUGCUAAAGAAGUGGAGGAAGUAUCAGAAGUGUCGAUAACAGACCUGGGGAAACGAGCACCACGCUGGAUCCGAGACAACGAGGUGACCAUGUGUAUGAAGUGUAGGGAACCUUUCAACGCUCUCACACGCAGGAGGCAUCACUGUCGAGCUUGUGGUUAUGUGGUAUGCUGGAAGUGUUCAGACAAUAAGGCUCCUCUGGAGUAUGAUGGCAAUAAGAUGAAUAAAGUGUGUCGAGACUGUUACUGCAUUUUGAAAGGCCAUACAGACAGCGAGGAGAAGGAGGGCAAGAAGAAAGGCAUUCUGGAGAUCGAAGCAGCACAGUUCUCAGGCAGUAGUAUAAUGUGUGGCUUCCUGCAGUACUGUGAUAAGAAUAAACCCUGGCAGAAAGUCUGGUGUGUUAUUCCUCAGAAAGAGGCUUUAGUGCUCUAUCUGUAUGGAGCACCGCAGGACGUUAAGGCUCAGUCCACCAUCCCGCUGCUGGGUUACUCUGUAGACGACGCUUCACGACCCACCGAUCCUCCAGCCAGUUUCCGUCUGUCCCAGUCAAAGUCUGUCCACAGUUUCGCUGCUGAGAGCGAGGAACUGAAGCAGCGUUGGCUCAAAGUGAUCCGAGUGUGUGUGACGGGCGAAGUGCCCGCAAGCCCGCCACAUACAGACAUCCACGCUGCGGAGUGCAGCCGGCAGCCGAGCACAGAGAGCCUCUAAGAGGAGAAAUAGAGCACACUGUUGGUGCCAAAGACACAAGGGAGACAGGAGAGGAUCCCAGAGACUACACACAGACAAAGCUCAUGUCAAUCACUCGAUGUGGCCGAGCGAUAUUACGGCCAUGCUGGAUUUAAUUUGUGAGCAAAAACAAAACAAAAAAAAACACCAAAAAACAUUGAGGCUCUCCCUCUAAAGCUGCUCUGAAACACAGCAGUCCAAAGAGAUGGUGCACACAAGUGCUUUGAAACCAAACUGGUGCUCUAGGAUGGUUGGUAAAAUGAUCAAAUAUGUAUGAAUACUCUGAUUUCCAAACAUCCACAUCAUGCAUCUCAAUCUCAGCCUCUGCUCUACAUUUUAGUGUAGGCAGUGCUGUUACUCUAGUGUGGUAUAAUAAUUUACGCAUUGUGUAUAUAUUGUUGCAUUCCGUCUGUAUGUAUGGAUAUGCCCUCACUGUCUCUUUUAUAAAGAAGUGAAGUCUCUUUUCGAUGCUGAAGAGAAGUCUGAGUUUAAAUUCAGGCUGCCUCAGUACCCUAAGAAGAACGACUGUUGUUCUUUCUAGGAUUUUUUUUUUACCACCAUAUGGACCACAAAUCACAUUUAGUUACCCCUCGCAAUAAACACGGAUCACUUCGCUGCACCUGGAGAACAGCAGGAGUCGUGAUGCCACAUUUACUAACCAGCGUCUAUAACCUCAUUCCAUCCCAGCACAUCAGUGGAAGAAUCACUCGGGCUAAAACGUUCUCCGUACAGACUGCAGGAAAUGUGCGAUGAGAGUCGUGCACCCACGUAAGCAAAGGACAUGGCAAUAACAGUAACAUGUUACAUAAGCUGGGUAAAUCCAUCCUUUAUAAUCGACUGUCUACUGAGUGGUCUCAAACUAUAGUUUUACCCAAGCUGAUGCAUGUGUUGCCUUCAGUUUUAGAAAGAAAGAAACAUUCUAAAUAUCUAUGAUAAUUAAAGGAUUAAAGGAAUACUCCAGUGUUUAUGAACCUAAGCUAUCUGUAACAUAAGUUAUCAUAAAUAAUAAUGUAGACACUUUACCCUGUACAGAGAAAUUGAAGUUUAAGGGCAGUUGUUGAAACCUGUUGAACGCUAUGUAUACGCACCAGACACACACACACACACACACACAAUUAUGAAAUCUGUUCACUCCGAGUUACUCAACCAGGUAUAGUGUCCUAAGAGCGUUGUUACCAUGUCAAACACCAUCUUGUAUUCUUUCCAAACAUCUUCCUGCAUGUUAAAACUAGGCUAUGUGUAAUUAAUUUACACGAAUGCCUGAUUCUACAAAUUUAAAAAGAAUUUAAUCCACUAUAGUAUACACUGUUGACCAUGAUAAGCAACAGUGUCUAAAUUGCUCAUAUGAAAGUCAAUUUUAGUAUUCACUAAUGAUAUUGAUUCUAAAAUUGUUCUGGAUACACCGGGACUUUUUAUAUAUAUUUUCAUCCAAUGUUUGAUAGUUCUUUCAGUUACUCAUGCUUUGUCGCAGGUUUUAAGGUAUAACUUUUAUUUUAUAACGUUUGCCUACGGGGUCGGUGGUUCGAUUCGCACCUCUGCCCUGUGUGUGCGGAGUUUGCAUGUUCUCCCUGUGCUUUGAGGGUUUCCUCUGAGUAUUCCGGUUUCCUCCACCAGUCCAAAGACGUGAGUUGUAGGCUGAUUGGUGUUUUCCAAAUUGUCUGUAGUGUGCGAAUGUGUGUGCGAUUGUGCCCUGCAUGGGCUGGCACCCCAUCCGGCCUGUCCCCCUUGUGCCCGAGUUCCCUGGAAUAGUCUCCAGGCUCCUCGUGACCCCGUGUAGGAAAAGCAGUACGGAAAAUAGAUGGAUUGAAACGAUUUCUAUCCCUGAAAGCAAAAGCUUAGAGCUUAAUUGACAAAUACUUCAACUGAAGAAUCUGUGAAAGUCUUCUAUAAAAAUCUGUUUCGGAUUAAACAUUUAUAACCUUGCCUUAACAACUGCCCUUAGACCUUCAACACGUAUCCCAGUACUGAGUAGUCAAAUUAUACACUGAAGUAUUCCUUUAAAAUCCACAAGCACAGAUAAUUUCCUUUCUUUUUCAAUGUUGGCUGUGUUUGUAUGUCUGCUCUGCCUUUAGAAACAUGCUAUCGAGCCGGCCAGUGGGAAGUGUGUUUUAACGCUACUGAUCAGUGUCUUAAAUAAGACUUCCUGUACAAUCAAGAACAAAUAGACCCACGAGCUGGGAGAGACAUGUAAAUGUUUUAUGAAAUACUGUAAUUAAUGUUAUUAUUUAAGAGUAAUUUAUAAUUGGUGUGCAUGAUUUUGAAGAAAAGUAGCACAAUGAACGGUUUCUUCUUCUUCCGCCAACCCUCCACACACACUCUUCUUCAGUUUUAUUGUCCAUGUACCAAGCGCUUGGUAUGCAGAAUCCCAUCAUGAACUUGGUCCUAUCUCUUUUUCCUUCCAGUCAGUCUAGUAUUAUUGACAGCUGUAUGAGGAAAUAGUGUUUUAUCAACAGUGUAUCGUACCUAUGAUAUUCAUUCAGAACUUUUAGUGUUAUGCACAGAGACAAAUCCUGAAUCCAAACUGCAGGUUGCAUAUACAGUAUAAUGUAGUGUUUCAGCUAUGUAGAGGUCAUGCGUAAUGCACAAUUCAUCACCAGUGAAACCAGGCAGGCUUGCACUUUUGUAGCCGAGACUUCACCAUGUUGUGUUCUUGCAGGAAACCUUGAGUCCUCACGCCUCACUUUUAAACAUUCAGUCUGGUUUGAUCUAAAUAUCUAUUGAUCUGAUCUCAGAUUAAUGAAAUCUAAGAGCAACUAGAAAAUGAGAAACUGAAAAAAAUGGCCAACAUUCAUUUAAGAGAAUCGAACAUAGCUUUUGCACUGAAUAUUAAAUUCCAAGUAACAAAUUGAUCCAUAGUUAAUCAGAUGAAUAUCAUUUAACAGAGAAAGAUUUCCCACAUCAAUUAGACUCUUUCACCCCAAGAUGAGUGACCUAUGCGUUACUAUCGAUGAAUAAAUUAAUAAACAUUUUAAUGGAUUACAUGAAUAUAAUAAUUCGAGUAUAAUAAAGUUAUAAACAAGGCCAUGCGUGCAUGCACCUGCUAUUCCUUUCUGAAAGUAGGCCUCUGGUUUAUUCUCAUUUUCCUGUCAGCACUAGUUACAACACACACUGACCUUAAGAGUUGGUACACCUAGUUUUAUACAUCUGUGUUUAUUUCCUUCUCCGAAUCUGAAAUGCACUUUACCAUCGUCUAUAAAGUGUACAUUGUAAAAAAAAAUAAUAAUAAUAAAAUGUAAUUAAAUGAAGAGGAUUAUUAA